AGCGCUUCCGGGGUGGCCCGCUCCCCCUUAGAGCGCUCAGCGUAGGAGGGGGCAGUGGCCCCGGGUUCGCGCCCCCUCCCAGCCGGGAGAAGCGGCUUUUCCUCGGGACGUUUGAUGUUCAUCUAAAGAUGACUUCCAAGAUAUAAUCCAUCAGCAGUUUUCUAUUCCUUGCUUGUAACAGCACUAAUUGUUUGUUGUGUAAGGUUUUCCUCUACCUCGCUGAGGACUUUGAAGUCAUCCCCCGAAUCUUCCGUGGCAGUGCCUGAACAGCCUGGAUAUGAUGCCAAAAGAUCUCCAAAGUAUUUUAUAGUUUGACCCAAUGAUUCUUCUGGAUAUAUAUUUCUCUCUUCAAGAAUAAGUGCAAAGACCAAAUCCUACUUACUACCAGAUAUUUUUAUUGCAAGAUCAUGGACCAUAUUACUAGGGAGAAAGAUGAAAGGCGAACAGGAAAAGGAAAUCCAGGAAGAAGUACGCAUAGUUCUCGAGCAUCGAGUUCCACUUCAGCUGCUGGUGUUCUUAUGGUUGGGCCCAAUUUCAGAGUUGGCAAGAAGAUAGGCUGUGGAAAUUUUGGAGAGCUCCGGCUAGGCAAAAACCUGUACACAAAUGAAUACGUAGCAAUCAAGCUGGAACCAUUAAAAUCUCGUGCCCCGCAACUGCACUUAGAGUAUAGAUUUUAUAAACACCUUGGCUGCACAGUUGAAGGCUUCCCACAGGUAUUUUAUUAUGGUCCAUGUGGAAAAUACAACGCCAUGGUACUAGAACUCCUUGGUCCAAGUUUGGAGGACUUGUUCGACCUCUGUGAUAGAACGUUCACUCUGAAGACUGUCUUGAUGAUAGCAAUUCAGCUGAUCACCCGGAUGGAAUUUGUACACUCAAAAAAUCUCAUUUAUCGAGAUGUCAAGCCAGAGAAUUUUCUUAUUGGCCGGCAAGGAAACAAGAAAGAACACGUCAUCCACAUAAUAGACUUUGGAUUGGCCAAGGAGUACAUCGAUCCCGAAACACAAAAGCAUAUACCUUACAGAGAACACAAGAGCCUAACUGGAACAGCAAGAUAUAUGUCCAUUAAUACACAUCUUGGCAAAGAACAGAGUCGGCGAGAUGACUUGGAGGCUCUUGGACACAUGUUCAUGUAUUUUCUUCGAGGCAGUUUACCAUGGCAAGGCCUUAAGGCUGAUACACUGAAAGAGCGAUACCAGAAGAUUGGAGACACAAAGAGGAAUACUCCAAUUGAUGUUCUCUGUGAGAACUUCCCAGAGGAGAUGGCCGCUUAUCUUCGUUAUGUCAGACGAUUAGACUUCUUUGAGAGACCAGACUAUGAUUAUCUACGAACAAUCUUCACAGAAUUAUUUGAAAAGAGAGGAUUCACCUUUGAUUAUGCCUAUGACUGGAUUGGCAGACCAAUUCCCACUCCGGUGGGACCCAUGCACGUAGAAUCGGGACCAUCAGUAGUAAGAGAUCCCCAUAUACAUCGGGAUCGAUCCUCAAUACAGCCUUACCGAAAUCAGACUGUGUCAGAGCGCAGAGGAGACUGGGAAAUUCCAGCAGUCCGGCAGACCAAUACUUUGUUUCUGACAUCUCACUUGGCUUCCGAACGGCAUGGGGGAUCUGUCCAGGUGGUAAGCUCAACUAAUGGUGAGUUGAACAUCGACGAGCCAACAGGAGCACCCUCCAAUGUGCAACUUGCAGCCCGUACUGAGGUGGAAGUAGUAGAGGAAGCUAAGUGCUGCUGCUUCUAUAAGAGGAAAAGGAAGAAGUCUUCCCAACGCCAGAAAUAACAGGUGUCUCCUGAAGGUCCCUGGGGACUUUGCGUACCUGCUGUUCCUGCCACGUCUUAUUGAAUGGGGCUCCUGUUGGGGAAGGUCAAGAAACAAGGGACACUUUAAACCAAAAAGAAAGAGGGAGAAAGAGAGAGAGAGAGGGAGGAGGGGGAAAUUCCAAAAUAAACAUUCAGGUGGAUUCCCCAAAUGGUCUCCCUCAUUCACUCCAUACCUGAGGGUCCUUUUGGAGUCAGGACAGCAUCUCCCCCAAGGCACUGGUUGCCCCUGGUGGAAGGCAGGGCUGGCUACCCUCCUUCCCUUCUGUACAACAGAUCAGCGAAAUGGGCAUUCCUGGUGAAUGUGCUUUGUUCCUCCCCCCUUUCUCCUGUUGGUUUUCCACGUGCUUCCCGCUCCCCUCCCCUCCCCUCCCCUCCCCAGGGCCUGUUGUGAACCGUAGGGCCAAGGUAAUGGCGAAGAGAGGAGAAUGCUGCUGAAAGAGCCCAGCUUCUCCUGCACCCAAACCAUGAGUUUCAGCUGGCAGCCACAGUGUGGUCCUUCUUAGUUGCCCUUGACAGAGUCCCUGGCAGUAAGCCAACAGUCGGAGAAUUGCAAUCUGCUCUUCCAGUUGCCUUGAUUUACUGGCUUCGGUGAUGUCUCCUUUCUCAGAAUGGUUAGAGAAAACUGUCUGUUCCAAACGAACAUAUAAGUUGUUGCACUUUUAAUUUUUUUUAUUUUAACAUAAUGGAUGCAUAUGCUGUUUGUGUGUGUUCUCUCCUCGUGGGUGUGAAUGAUGCCAGCACACGUGCUCAGCUUCAGCUGGAGUGCAUCGCCGCCUCUUAAUAUAGGCCGCCCGCCCCUCUUAGGACUCCCCCAGGACCACUGCCAGGUUCUUAUGGCCCACCGUCCGUUUGUGCCCUGAAGCUUACUUGAAUUUUCCAGCUUGCGUUGAACACCCCGGUUGUGGUUUUCCUCCAUGGUGCCUACCUUGACCGGCUUGGGAUUGAAAAUCUUUUCUGCUGGCAGGAGGGAGUGAAGUCAGCCGGACUGAACUUUGGACAAGGCACAGAGAGGCAAAAGCAGGCUGCUGUAAGCGACCAUGGAAUGAACGAGGCACUUUGGCCUUUUAAGCGGAGCGAAGCUCUGCCAGAAAGAGGACACUGCCACUGCCUUACACUUCAUCUCCGGCUGGAUCUUGCCGAGGCUUUUCAGUCAUCUCUGCAGAAUAGAAGAGGUGCGAGAUCUAGCAGAGUUAUCUGCGUAGCACCUGCAGAUCUUUUGGUUGUGUAGCCCAGGCUUCGUAUUAACACAUGUACGUGGAUACGGACUGAGAUCGAUAUCAGAAAUGUAAGGUCUUUCUCCCAAGGAGACAGGACUUCGGGUACAGUUUGAGAGUGAAGCGAAAGAGAUCCUUCUUCAAAACACCUGGAAUUACCUCCUGAAAUCUGUCUGUCUAAAAGGCAACACAAUCCUGUGGAUCAGUGACUAACUUUGGGGCACUCCUGGGAAGGAAGGAAACUAUCUUGUUUGCUAAUGAAAGAACCUGCUUGUAGGGAAAAAGCCACGGGGUCCUGUAAUGACUCUGUGGAUCCCUGCUCAUCUCAAAUACACUUUUCCUGCCUGAUGCUCGUUUUAAUUUUAAAAUCUUAUUUGGGGGGUGGAGGGAAACCCACUCUCUUUGCAGAGCUGUAGAUUGCUGUUCAUUUCCCAAUUAGUGGGCCAGAACCUAGAUUUUCAGCAACUUGUGCAUUCAUUCUUUGAGUUCUACCUUUUCCCAAAUUUGGGGUACGACAGCUCAUCAUCCUCAUCUUUCCUCACUGAUAAGAGAUGGGAGUUUCCCCCUUGGCAGUACCUUAAUGAUUAACUUACUGUCCAUUAAAUACCAAUUAAAAUUAGUCUUUUAUCUAUCCUUACCAUGCUUGGUUUCUGGAGGAAGUUAAAAACUAAGAAUUCAGAAAGGAAAAUUGCAGCUCUUUAAUUCUAGCAGCAGCAGCAUUUACAUUUCUCUUAUCCAUUUGAAAACCUUGCAUCUUGAAAGUGAAAUGCUUUUACACCGAACAAGACAGCCUAGGGAUUUUUUUCCCCCUACUAAGGUACAUCUUAAAGCUUGCAGAAAGGGAGAGCUAUAUUUUAAACUGAGGAUAACUUUGCUUCUAAAUCCACAGUAAAUCUCUAGAGUGAAAUAGGAACUCGAGAAACUAACUUGGUCUAGACUACUUCUAGGAUCUCCUUUUGUUGUAGACUAAUACUUCAUUUUGCACAAAGCACUGGUCUGGGUCAUGAAAACAGCUUCCAAGCUUUCCAUUGCUUCUUUGCAAAUGGUAAUACCAACCUGUGGGUCUGCAGCCUCCCAUUUCUAGUGAGGCAAAAAUGUGUUGGCUUCCAGCCUCAGAUAAUGUGCUUCUGAGCGGUGUUGAAAAACUGUUACGUAUCUUUCCCGGAUAUUAAAAGCCAAAUCUAUUUAAUUGUGAUGGUUGCUUUGCUUCGGGAGUUCUUGAAUUCCUUGCCAGCUUGACACAAUUUUCCUGUAAGAACAAAAUAUCAACAGAUACUUGAUAUCUGUUUAGAAAAUAAAGAUGACUAUCUCCAAUUAUCUAGAGAGAGGGCUUUCCACAUAUGCAUGUUCCUUGGCUGUUACUGUUUUUUUUUUUGUCACGUAAAAAAAAAAAAGGUGAAUGCCUCUGCUUGGACCAGGAAUCCCAUUCACAGACCUCUCCAUAUCUUGAACUUAGUAAAUGAUCUCUCUCAUCGGUGUGUUCGCUAGUUCUGACUUCCUUACUUUGUUAUUGAGAAACUCGAGUUGCUAAUCUAACAAGCUCUGCAUUAAUGUUCAAGAAAUGUACAUAUAUCAUGCUGAGAAUUACCAGCAUCAGCAUUAGAAAAUUCUUAAUUCCAUGGUUGCUUUGAGAAUUUUGCUCUCUUUCAGUUGUUACCCUUUUAAAAUACCCCAAACACCCGCUGAACUAGCUAUGGUUGCUCCAGAGACAUUUGCCCUUCCAAAAGGGCCUGCCCAGUGUUCCUAAAUCCAAAACCUGAGAUCUGCGCUUCCGUUUCCAUCGUGUACCACAACUCCUAGAGGGGGAUGAGCAAACUUACAGCUCUUUCUAGAUUAAUAGCACUCCGUAGGUGUGUCUUUCCUAAGGCUUGGUGAGUGGUGACUUCUUACAAGAGGUAAAUGGAAGAUACCAGGGUGAGCCCCUGGCAUGUAGUUUGGAUGUAGUGUUGGAGUGAUAAACAUGCACUGCCAAAUUCGUACUUUCCUGUAAGUGCAAAGCCAUAAUCUUUGCUUUCUCAAGAUAUUACGAAAGGUUCAAGAGGAACAGAUUAUGCCUUUUCUGUACCCCUUAUUGGGCCUUGAAGGGAUGUACCAACCCUUUGCUCAGAAGGCUGCGUUCCACUAGUUUUGAACCUCAGUAACUGAAGAAUGAGAGGUUGGUCUCUUUCUGUAGGCCUUGAUGUUGGCAUGACGGCUAGCAAUGAAAGGACAUACAGUUGUGGAUGUACUUUGCUUCAGCAGCUCUCUACGCUGUGUCUGUGUUAUGCAUUAUCCCAUAAGUAAUUGGAAUCAAACGUCGUUUUCAGAUGAAUGUUUUUACUGUCAAUGAAAUUGUCUGUGAGGUGUGGAAAAAUGUAAGCUGCAAUGAAGUGAUAGGAACUGUUUGUGACACCAAGAAUAGGGAGUUGGUGGCCCUGCAGAUCUUGCUGCCCUGCAUCUCUUGGUGAUGCUGAUUCACAUGGCUGGUGGUGAGGGAUGCUGGGAUUUGUAAUUCAGCCAUUUCAGGAGGGCCCCCAGUUCUCCAUCCCUGCACGGCAUGAUUGUCGGACUGGGAGAAGCCUUCUUUGCUCCUCUGUUUGUAUGCAGCAAGCCUUGGGUUUGAAGGUGGGCAGCCAUUGCUUCUAUUCGUUUUACUGCCAAACGAGAAGAACUCGUUCACCCUGGCCAGCAUGCCUUCAUGCAGUAGUACCCUGUAUUUUCUCACCCGAGAGGGAAGCCAUGCUGAAUCCCAGGAGAAGGGCCACCCCUGGGGAGGGACUCUCCCCCAAAGCGGGUGUGUUACCUGGCUCCUGUUGUCAGCUCAGAGUUCAAUAUCCCUCCCGAAGAAAUGCGCAGGUGCCAAUCAAACAUAGACAGGAGGAAGGCUUUUAACCUCUCUCGUUCUUUUAAGACUGUCUCAGGAAUACAAUCACUUGUUCUCCCCCGCUCCCCCCCCAAAAAAGGUUUUUUUCCCUAACUGCAUUAUUGCUGUAUGACAUAGGUGCUACCAUGUGGAAUUUAGAGCAGGGGUUGCCUUUUCCACUUAGGAAGCUGGCUUGAUGGUGACAAAAAUUGUUUCUGCAAUGACCAGGAGAGAGGAGAGUUAAGACUUUGGGGCAUGUGGACCAUACCAAAUAUUGCAUCUUCCCCAAGCAGGGAAAUGCAGUUAAGUGGCUUGUUCCCACUGGAAACCUCAUGAUGUAUAAUUUAUUACGCCUGUUUCUUUUACUGUAGGCCUUUUGUGCUUUCAAAACAUGGGAUGGGGAUAGUGAAUGAGUGUGACUCUUCUUACCGUAAAGAAAAAUCAGCUGUGAAAUUUUUUUUUUCCUCUUUUUUUUUAAAAGCAUUAUGUGCACAUUUCUGAUUCUUGUUGAAAUGCCUUUUUUUUUUAAUGGUUUUAUGUGAAACACAUGAUGCAAUGUUUUACUGUACUCUCAUAAUCCUGGCACUGCUGUUGCCACCCAGUGGUGAACGUGAAAUACCUUUUCCACAUGAAUGUCAAUUUGAAAUACAUUUGAAAACAGUUACCACGAUAAGGGCUCAUAUAUGCCGUGUGUGAGAAAAUCCUUCCUCAAGCACUGGUGGGUUUUAUUUUGCCAGGAAAUGGGUCCUGCUACUGAUCUUUCUGAUGCACCUGUUUUAAUGGGACAUUGCAAGAGAUGUUGUGUACCUUGAAUACAUUCUCCCCCUAAUUGCACCAUUUUAAUGUAAAAUAAAACAUUGACUUUGCUCUGUUCA